UUCAGACAACAGACGUCGCUUAUGUUGCAAUAUCUGUUGUUGCUCUUAACCUGUUGCAUUAAACAGGUAUCGGAGUGCGGAUUUUUUUUUGUUUAUUUUUUAAAACAUUCGUUUCGCGUCUAGUGCUUCGUAAUAGUAUCGUGGAAAAUAAAGAGAACAUUGGGUUUAGUACUACUCUUUGUGAUAAACUUUCUUGAUAAUUUCACUUUCAAUGUAAAAAAGAGGACAACAUUGUUUUAGAAAAAUAAGAUCAUUAUCGGACCACGAUACGUCACGCAGGGGUGGUAGGCCUAUGGGCCUCUCCAGGGUCUGGCCGACGACCGUUGGCCAAGUCCGGUAACCUGGGUAUGCGCAGUAAGUUAGGAGGGUUUAUCAAUAAUGCUGUCCAAGCCACAAAAAAAUCUCCAGGUAAUGGAGACAUUCAGUGGACCUUUUCUCAAGUGAAGGGAACAUUAGAUGAUGAUGUGACAGAAGCAGACAUAAUAUCAUGUGUAGAAUUCAAUCACGAUGGAGAUCUUUUAGCCACUGGGGACAAAAGUGGCCGUGUAGUAAUUUUCCAACGUGACCCCACUUCAAAGAACUCACUUCCAAGACGUGGUGAAUAUAACGUUUAUUCAACCUUCCAGUCACAUGAGCCUGAGUUUGACUACCUCAAGAGUUUAGAAAUUGAAGAAAAAAUCAACAAAAUACGGUGGCUUAAGCGAAGAAAUCCAGCUCAUUUUCUCUUGUCCACGAAUGACAAGACUAUCAAAUUAUGGAAAGUCUCAGAAAGAGACAAAAAAAUUGAAGGCUAUAACACUAGGUUAGAAAAUGGUUCUUUACUUGAUCCAACAAGUGUGAGCAGUUUGCGAGUGCCAACAAUUAAACCCAUGGAAUUAAUGGUUGAAGCGUCACCUAGGAGAAUAUUUGCGAAUGCACAUACGUACCAUAUUAAUUCAAUAUCGGUAAACUCAGAUCAAGAAACGUAUCUUUCAGCGGACGAUUUGAGAAUUAAUUUAUGGCAUCUGGAAAUAACAGAUCAAAGCUUUAAUAUUGUUGAUAUUAAGCCAACAAAUAUGGAGGAGCUGACGGAGGUCAUAACCGCUGCCGAGUUCCACCCUGUAGAGUGUAAUUUAUUUGUUUAUAGUAGCAGUAAGGGGACAAUACGGCUCUGUGAUAUGAGGGCGGCGGCGCUUUGCGACAAACACGCCAAACUGUUUGAGGAACCUGAAGACCCAACAAACAGAAGCUUCUUUUCAGAAAUUAUUUCCAGCAUCUCAGAUGUUAAACUUUCUAAUUCAGGAAGAUACAUGAUUUCAAGGGACUAUUUAUCUGUUAAAGUCUGGGAUUUACACAUGGAAACUAAACCCAUAGAAACGUAUCCGGUUCACGAGUAUCUUAGGUCUAAAUUGUGUUCGUUAUACGAAAACGAUUGCAUAUUCGACAAGUUCGAGUGUUGCUGGAAUGGCAAUGAUACGGCAAUAAUGACUGGUUCGUAUAAUAACUUCUUUAGAACGUUUGAUCGGACGACGAAACGCGACCAGACGUUGGAGGCCUCACGGGACAUCGCAAAACCGAAGACUGUUUUGAAACCGCGUAAAGUUUGCACCGGUGGCAGGCGGAAAAAGGACGAGAUUGGUGUGGACUGUUUAGAUUUUAACAAGAAGAUACUGCACACCGCCUGGCAUCCAACAGAGAACAUAAUAGCUGUCGCCGCAACCAAUAAUUUAUUUCUUUUUCAAGAUAAGUUUUAGCAUAACAUCGUUUAGUUCAAUCUGAUCACAUAUUUCUGAAUUUGUUUCGUUCGAUUUUCUUGUGAUCCUAGGCCACAACGUACACCAACAAAAAAGAAAAAUUAUGACCACAACGAAAAAUUAGAAAAUAUAUGAAAGAUCAUCACUUUGUAUACAUAACCAAUCGUUUUUGUUUAAAAACUUCUAGUUCGUACAAAUAUUUUAAGUGAAAAAGGGCUGUCCCUUGCCCGCCUCUUUUGUGAAUCAAAUUUGUAACGUUAUCGUCACUUUUUUUACCGAUGAUCAUUUCUACAUUUAAAUUUAUGUUGUGGUUACCGUCUUAACGUUGUGGUCAGAGAGCUCCCGCCUCCCAAAUCACCAACUUGCAUAUGCGCGUACAGAUAACAUAUACUACAAACACUUUCGCUAACAUCAUCGUGUUUUAUAUUUGCUAUUUUUUUUUUUUUUUCUAAAAUUAUUUUCCGCGAUACACUGCGGUUCAUUGCGGCGUCUGUGCUGUAACGUUUGUAUUAUUAUUAGAUAAUUAAGAUAAUGAUGAACUAAAUAAAUAUUAUAUUUUCAGCAGGUUUUAUUAAUUAAUUUGGCCAUACCGAUUUGUUACAAAUUAAAUUACGUGCUCUAGCAAAUGAAAAGGAUUGAUGAUUAAAGUUUCUCAUAUUUUUAUUUUUUUUUUUUUUUGCCUUCAUCAAACCCAAUUGCAUUCUUCGAGUGAAACAUCGUAAAGACGUUUAAAGCACGAAUUGCCACCGCAGUUAUGGGUCUCGCAUCUUUUUUUUGUGUAAUAUGCUGUUAGCGGCACCUUUGCUUCUAAAAUAUAAGAAACUAAGUUGUACUGAUUUGUGAGUAAAAAAAUACAAUGUUAUAUUUU